CCGAGCGAGCCCCUGGUCGGUCCCAGCACCGUCCCGGGCACCCCGACCCCUGCCCGCGGUCCAGCGCCUUUCGUGCGACCGCGGCCGCCGGCGAGGAGAGGCGCUCCGCCGCGCCACGACGCCGCAGGCCCAGAGGGACCAUGACCUUGGACCCCCCCAAGAGCAGCCUUCUGAUGCUACUGAUGGCCUUGGGCCUGACCCAGGGCGACCCUGUGAAGCCCUCUCGGGGCCCCCUGGUGACCUGCACGUGUGAGAACCCACACUGCAGGGGGCCUACCUGCCAGGGGGCCUGGUGCACAGUAGUGCUGGUGCGGGAGGAAGGCCGACAACCCCAGGAGCACCGAGGCUGUGGGAACCUGCACCAGGAGCUCUGCAGGGGGCGCCCCACUGAGUUCGUCAACCACUACUGCUGCUACAGCCCCCUCUGCAACCACAACGUGUCCCUGUGGCUGGAGGCCACCCAAACUCCUCCGGAGCAGCAGCAAGUAGAUGGCCAGCUGCCUCUGAUCCUGGGCCCUGUGCUGGCCUUGCUGGUCCUCGUGGCCCUGGGGGCCCUGGGCCUGUGGCACAUCCGGCGGAGGCAGGAGAAGCAGCGUGGCCUGCACAGCGAGCUGGGAGACUCCAGCCUCAUCCUGAAGGCAUCUGAGCAGGGGGACAGCAUGUUAGGGGACCUCCUGGACAGCGACUGCACCACAGGAAGUGGCUCGGGGCUCCCUUUCCUUGUGCAGAGGACAGUGGCACGCCAGGUCGCCUUGGUGGAAUGUGUGGGAAAGGGUCGCUAUGGUGAGGUGUGGAGGGGCCUGUGGCAUGGUGAGAGUGUGGCCGUCAAGAUCUUCUCCUCAAGGGAUGAGCAGUCCUGGUUCCGGGAGACCGAGAUCUACAACACAGUGUUGCUCAGACAUGACAACAUCCUAGGCUUUAUCGCCUCAGACAUGACUUCCCGCAACUCUAGCACGCAACUGUGGCUCAUCACACACUACCAUGAGCAUGGCUCGCUCUACGACUUUCUGCAGAGACAGACGCUGGAGCCCCAGCUGGCCCUGAGGUUGGCUGUGUCCGCGGCCUGCGGCCUGGCACAUCUGCACGUGGAGAUCUUCGGCACUCAGGGUAAACCCGCCAUUGCCCACCGCGACCUCAAGAGUCGCAACGUGCUGGUGAAGAGCAACCUGCAGUGCUGCAUCGCCGACCUGGGGCUGGCCGUGAUGCACUCCCAAGGAAGCGAUUACUUGGACAUCGGAAACAACCCGCGAGUGGGCACCAAGCGGUACAUGGCCCCCGAGGUGCUGGAAGAGCAGAUCCGCACUGACUGCUUUGAAUCCUACAAAUGGACGGACAUCUGGGCCUUUGGCCUGGUGCUGUGGGAGAUCGCCCGCCGGACCAUUGUCAAUGGCAUUGUGGAGGACUACAGGCCACCCUUCUAUGAUGUGGUGCCCAAUGAUCCCAGCUUUGAGGACAUGAAGAAGGUGGUGUGUGUUGACCAGCAGACCCCCACCAUCCCCAACCGGUUGGCUGCAGACCCGGUCCUCUCAGGCCUGGCUCAGAUGAUGCGGGAGUGCUGGUACCCCAACCCCUCCGCCCGCCUCACUGCACUGCGGAUCAAGAAGACACUACAGAAACUCAGCAAUGGUCUCCAGAAGCCCAAAGUGAUUCACUAGUCACAGGCCUGACGCCUGCCUCCCCUCCGCCUGCAGUGCGUGUGGGGGUGGGUGGUGGAAGGUGGCCUAUCUGGGUAGAGGUAUCAAGAGCGAGUGUGCUGGGGAGGGGGGUGCCCCUCUACAGGCAGCUGUGCCUGCCAGCAUGUCCAGCCAAAAAUACAGCUGGGCUGAAACCCGAUCCCCUCCCCCGCCGUCUGGCCUGCUCAAAGCAGCAGGCUCCCUGACGCCUGGCUCCCUCCCCACCCCCAUGCCCUGGGAGCACCCUCGACACCCCCAGGACAAGAUGCAGAAGAGGCCCCAGGGAUAGGGUGGCUUGGCCAGGAAAUCCCAAUCCUGGGCCUAGAGUCUGGGCUUGCACUUUACCUCCUGCCCUUGGGCAACCCCACUGCCCCACCAGAGCUGCUGGUGGCACAGGGCCCUGUCCAGCCUUCAGUAGACACCCUGCCCUGCCAGGCCUCAGCCUCUGGCAUAAGCUCCAGACACCCAUCAUUUUAUCUCCGUGGGCUUAUAAUUGAGCUCCAUGAUGCCUUGGGUCUCUGUCUGCAGAGAAGACCCCGGCCAGCUGCUUGCCAGCUGCCUGGGAGUGCUGGGGCCUGAUCAUGGGCCUCUCCCGAUGACCCCCAUCAUAGCUGACUUAUUAGGGCAUUAAACCCACGGCGUCCUGAUGUGGGUAUGGCAGGGUCACAGGUCAGUGGAGAGGUGGCAGGUCAGAUGGGUAAGUCCCAGGACUUCCAGAAUAACUGAGAGAAUGCUGAGGCUAAGCAUGGCCCAGGAAAGGCUCCGCUGGCGUCAGGAGACCCAGGCUCUGGUGUCCGUGCUUGCUCUCGGUGACAGGAUUGAGGCCUUCACUGUCCCAGGAUCUUAGUUUCUUCAUUUACAUAUUUAAAGAUUUGAUCCUAA